AUGGUGAGAGCUUCAGUGAUGGAAAAACUCAAGACUGGAUUGAGGAUUUCAAAGCCCAUAGAACCAAAUACCAUAAACUAUCUUCCAAAUGAAAUUUUGUUGCAGAUCCUUUUUUAUCUUUCUGUUGAAGAUAAAGCACUUAAUGUUCAAUUUGUUUGCAAUCUGUUUUGUAUCUGGUUUAGAUCAUCAGGAGAAGUUCUUAACAGAUUAACAGAAUUCUGCAAAGAUUUGCGUAAAUUAGACUUCUGUGUGCCUCAGCUUGAGUUACCUUAUGAAGUAUUCAAGAAUCUUGUUUCAGAAUGUCCGAAACUGGAGGAAAUUACUAUCGCAGGAUCUGCACUAGUAAGAGAAGAAUUGGCAGAACUUGUGGGCCAAUGGGAGUACCUGAACGACAUUUAUCUUAUAGGCAGAUCAGACAAACCCAUUACACUGAAGUAUUUAGCAGAGGGCUGCCCAGCGUUACAGCAUUUACACAUGCGUUAUGUUGUGUGCAGUUUUACCGAACUAGAAUAUUUCUUAGAGAAAAAGAAGAACAAGCUACUGAGUUUAAGCAUUAGCCCACUCACUCAAGAUGGCAGAUGUGUGAUUCCUCUCCUUCACAUUUGUAAGGACAGGCUGGAAAAACUGCAGUUAGAAGACAGCAAAUAUUGCUACAUUGAGUCACACAAUUUUGGUAUCAUAAAAACACUGAAAAACUUGAAUGCCCUGAGCAUAAAAAUUCCUCGUGGUGUAAGAACAGAUGUGAUGUCAGAUAUUUUUGAAGAAAAGGCAUUGUGUCAGUUACAAGAACUUGAACUAAACAAUUAUGCAGAAAUAAAUUACACUCUGGUUAACACUAUUUGUAGUAACUGCCCAAAUCUCUUGAGAUUGGCUCUCAGAUAUUCAACACGUAUUAGUGAUGAUGCAAUGAGGAAUCUACACAAAUGCAAGAACCUGGAAGAUUUUGAUUUGUAUUAUUGCACAGAACUUACAGAUGUCGCUGUGGACUUUGUCUUAAAGUGUAGUAAACUGAAGUACCUCAAUCUUGGUUUCUGCAAACUAACAGAGAAAAGCUUAACACGUCUUAUAGUUAUGACUGAACUUGGAGAACUGAUCCUUGAUGCAAUUAAUGUUGCAAGUCUUCCCUUGCAAGUUUUUCUUCAACAUUUGACGAACCUUAGAGAGCUUAAACUUGAUUACUGUAUGAACAUUGAUAACGAUCCGCUCUGUGAUAUUUGUGGCUGA